ACCCUCGUGGCUGGCGCGGGUGGUGGUUGUCUCUCCGGUCGGCCGCGGUAUGGGCCCCGGCCCCUUGCCUGCCUUCCAAGCAGCUGUGGAGUGUCAGUGAGCGCAGGUGGAGUUUAGCGCCGGGCAGGGACACUUGGCGGUGCAGGCGUUUUCCUGUGUGAAGGCUAUCUUUGGGAGUGGAGGCCGAUUCCAGCAUAAAACAAGGAAAAGGCAGACGAUCGUCUGAAUGGACAAGAAGAGUUUGUGUGUCAAAAUCAGAACAAGAUGAAGUCAUACCAACCAGAAAAAAAUUAUUUGUCGUAGCAUGACCGGCAAAGGACCUGUGUGUGUGUAUUCCUACUGAUGAAUGAAAAAAUACCAACAUUCCCAUAGGAAAAUGGAACUGAAGGGGAAAGUAGGAUUUACCAGGGAGAAAGGACGUGGCAGGCAAAGGGAGCUGCCUGUGUGAAGAUCUGGAAGUCAGAGUGCAAAUCCAGAGCAACUUCAUUGUUGUCAUACACCCAGGUUCAACAACCCUAAGGAUUGGGCGAGCUACAGACACACUUCCUGCUAGCAUUCCUCAUGUAAUUGCACGAAGGCACAAACAACAAGGGCAGCCACUAUACAAGGACAACUGGCUCCUAAGGGAAGGACUAAAUAAACCAGAAAGUAAUGAACAAAGACAAAAUGGCCUUAAAAUGGUGGAUCAAGCAAUAUGGUCUAAAAAGAUGUCAAAUGGUACAAGACGGAUUCCCGUGUCCCCUGAACAGGCACGCUCCUACAACAAGCAGAUGCGACCUGCAAUUUUAGAUCACUGUUCUGGAAAUAAGUGGACAAACACGUCUCAUCACCCUGAGUUUUUGGUGGGAGAAGAGGCCUUGUAUGUUAAUCCAUUGGACUGUUAUAAUAUUCACUGGCCUAUCAGAAGAGGUCAGUUAAAUAUUCACCCAGGACCUGGGGGCUCCCUUACGGCUGUUCUGGCAGAUAUUGAAGUAAUAUGGUCUCACGCAAUACAAAAAUACUUGGAAAUUCCACUCAAAGAUUUAAAGUAUUAUAGAUGUAUCUUGCUGAUUCCUGAUAUCUAUAAUAAACAGCAUGUGAAAGAACUAGUGAAUAUGAUCUUAAUGAAGAUGGGUUUUUCAGGGAUUGUGGUCCAUCAGGAGUCUGUGUGUGCCACCUUUGGAAGUGGUUUAAGCAGCACUUGUAUCGUAGAUGUUGGAGAUCAGAAGACAAGUGUGUGUUGUGUGGAGGAUGGGGUCUCUCAUCGGAAUACUCGGCUCUGUCUGGCGUAUGGGGGCUCUGACGUGUCAAGGUGUUUCUACUGGCUGAUGCAGCGAGCUGGGUUCCCUUACCGAGAAUGCCAGCUAACAAAUAAAAUGGAUUGUCUUCUUCUACAGCACCUUAAAGAAACUUUUUGUCAUUUAGAUCAGGACAUCUCUGGGCUUCAGGAUCAUGAGUUUCAGAUUCGACAUCCGGAUUCCCCUGCCCUACUUUACCAGUUUCGAUUAGGAGAUGAAAAACUCCAGGCUCCAAUGGCUUUGUUUUACCCAGCAACUUUUGGAAUUGUUGGACAGAAGAUGACAACCUUGCAGCACAGAUCCCAGGGUGACCCUGAGGAUCCUCAUGAUGAGCAUUAUCUGCUGGCCACGCAGAGCAAGCAAGAACAGUCUGCAAAAGCUACUGCUGACCGAAAGUCUGCAUCCAAACCCAUUGGAUUUGAAGGGGAUCUUCGUGGCCAGUCCUCUGAUCUUCCAGAAAGACUCCAUGCCCAGGAGGUGGAUUUGGGAUCCUCCCAGGGAGACUGUUUGAUGGCCGGCAAUGAAUCUGAAGAGGCUCUCACAGCACUGAUGUCCAGGAAGACUGCCAUCUCGCUGUUUGAAGGGAAGGCCCUGGGCCUGGAUAAAGCCAUUCUUCACAGCAUAGACUGCUGUUCAUCUGAUGAUACCAAAAAGAAGAUGUACAGUUCCAUCCUGGUGGUAGGAGGUGGUUUGAUGUUUCAUAAAGCUCAAGAAUUUCUGCAGCACAGAAUUCUCAACAAAAUGCCACCUUCAUUCAGGCGAAUUAUUGAGAAUGUGGACGUGAUCACAAGGCCCAAGGACAUGGAUCCCCGGCUGAUUGCAUGGAAAGGAGGGGCCGUGCUGGCUUGUUUGGACACGACACAGGAGCUGUGGAUCUAUCAGAGAGAAUGGCAGCGCUUUGGUGUCCGCAUGUUACGAGAGCGAGCUGCUUUUGUGUGGUGAAAGUGAGCAGGAAGUCAGUGUUGAAGACCAAAAAUAAGCAUCCUGGUAUAAAGACUCUUAAAGAAUAUAUGUAUUUUAAUUUAUUGACUCAGAUGCUUAAGUUUCAUGGAAAAUAAAUGAAUUUUAACUUUUAUGUUGACA